AUGGCUUUGACUUCGCUCGCAAAUAGGACCUUUUCUUUGCCAAGCAACGGCGAGGCUACGACGCUGCGAAGCCGCACACCUCAGAUACUCGGCCAAGCCAACGGUGGACCGGAGGUUAGUUUUACUUCCAGGGCCGCAUUCGUGACGACGGUUGGAGCUGCUGCUCUCAAUGGCGCCGCACUUGUCAUGAAACCAGUGAACAAAGACUUGCGGUCUUCAAUGAUCAGGGCCGCCGAAGCAGAAGCAGAGGCUGAAGCACCACCUCCGAAGCCAAAGAAGGUGCGGAUCACCGCAUUUGAUGCCAUUCGCUUCUUUCUGAUUGCCUACAUUGUGUGCGGGCAUUUCAUUUCCUUUGCGGCGCCUAGCCAAUUCGCGUUCAAGGCCAUCUCACAGAUCAACGUGGUGGUUGGCGCCUUCUUCGCAUUGAGUGGUUAUGUUGCAGCAUACACGACGACCGAAAAUGCUGAACGGGCUGCAAGUCCCAAGUUGUUGGGCACGCAGCGGGCUUGGAUGAACGGUGGCAAGGGGCAUACUACGUCACCAUUUCAAGAUGAAGCGCUAAGCCUGCUAAGUGAUAAGAUGCUGAAUCAAGCAAAGAGUCCCAUCGGCAAGCUGCAAGGCAUGGGCUGCUCACAAGCUUUGGCAUGCCAGUGCGACGACAAUGACAACGAUGAUGGGAAGGCAGCUACAAGUCACGCUCACCUUUUCUUGAGGUUUGAAAGUCCCGUGACCUGGCAGGAUACCUUUGCAAAAGCUUUUGCAAAGAGAAGCAAGACGAUGGCUUCCUUCCGAGUGUCAUCCUUCGAAGACCUGUCCACGUUAUCAGACGGUGGUAGUGAUGAAGCCAUGGAGUUUGUUCGCCAUUUCUACCAAGAGGCAGUCAUAAACGGCACUCGCCGGCAUGCUGCAGCCCAUGGUGGCCAUGGUGCAUACGAAUAUGACAUGAAGCUGGAGCAUUUGCAGGAGAUCGUUGCCAGACUUGGGUUCAAUGACUUGCAGGAAGGUGAGCUGAAGCGGUUGUACGAAUCCAUCCCGAAGAGUCCGGAAGGUUCUGUCACCAUGCAGGAAUUUGCUGCUGCUGUGGCAUAUGGUCCAGCAAGUCACAUACUGCAAUCGCUUGUGAAGAAGCUCCGGCUGGGCUGCGACUCUGGUUUCGUACCCCCCGUCGACUAUGACUUCAUGUCGUCGACCAGCGAGAAUUACGGGCAGAAUCACUCGACCUUCUAUGGGCCUUUUGCCAAAUUCCGUGAGCUGUGCGAUUACUCCUACCAUGUCAACUACACCAGAAGGCGCCAAGCCUGGCAGGAUGAGGCCAUCAAGGGUGUGAUUUCGAGAGCUGUGGAACAGCCAGCACCGUGGUUGGUCUAUACAUGUGGCCCCAUGGGUGUUGGCAAGGGCUAUACCCUGUCGUGGAUGUCUCAGAAUGGCUUUUUUCCUCUGGAGAACAUUGUCCACAUUGACCCUGAUGCUUUCAAAAUGAUGAUGCCUGAGUGGCCCGACUACGUGGCCCGUGAUCGGGACAAGGCUGGCACCCUUUGUCACCUGGAGUCCUCCUUCAUGGUCGAGAUUUCGCAAGCUGCGGCAAUGGAGAAGCAGCAGAACAUUUGGGUGGACGGCUCCUUGAGAGAUGCUGACUUUUACCAGAAGGCUUUUCGAAGAAUCCGUGAGACACACCCCAACUAUAGAAUCUCAAUCUUCUACAUCACAGCUUCCGAACAAACAAUCCGCCAGCGUAUACGACAUCGAGCUGAACAGACUGGAAGAGACGUGCCCGAACAUUUGAUCAAGGCAUCCCUGCAAGCUAUGGACAAAUCGCUGAAUACAUUGACUCCACUUUGCGACUUUGUGGCUCGAAUCAACAAUGAAGGCAAUGAGCCCACGUUGGUUGCCUUCGAAACUGUUGACACAAAAGGGAACUGGGGCGUUAUCAGUGAUCGAUUUGCUCGGACAUAUCACGACCCGGGCGAAUUUCCGCAGUCGUGUCCGACAUUGAGGCUGCUCCCUUUGCACGCGAACUUGACGGCAACCAUCCAGAGCCUCCAAUAUGUCGACACGCACAACGAGCUAUCACUGUGGUUGGACCUCGCAGCGACUUCCAAGUGUGAUGCCGGUAAGUUGUCGGAGAUUUUCGGCUCGACUCUGGUGUUACAGACCUCGCCCAGGUACGAGGUCAAUGGGACAUACGAAAGUAUUCUCUUGGUACCGAAAGAGGCUACGAGUGCAUUUUGGAUAUAUCCAUGCCAGGGUUCUCAAGUGAGCUACUCACGACGCUUGCAAAGUUGCGACGGCCUUUGGGAUCGGAACCUUCAACUUCUGGGUCAACUUCUGAUCUAUGGAGGCUUUGCAUACUGCAAGGGUGAUGAAGUCUGUCUGUUGCAUGUGGCUACGAGCGCCAGCAGUGACAUCUUAAUGCAGUUUGGCAGGCCAUUUUCAGUCAAAGUUGGAGCCCUUCCCAAGGAAAGGCUGCAGCAGGUUACGAGCCCAUACUUUGAGCAACAAGGCGCCAAGCAGUACUGCUGGCUUGGCCCGGGCGAAGACAUUGCAGGAGCAACUUUAAAUCAUGGAGCUUUUGCAUAUGUCAUGGACGAAGGCUUGGUCCUCAUACCAGAUCUCAUCGCGCCUGCGCCGAAGUGGAUUCUCCAGCGCGUCUUUGGCUACUUUCCACUCCACCUCCUGGUCCUUCUGCUGUUUUCGCCGGUUUUCCUGUACGCAGAUGUGACGUUCAACGGGUGGCCUACAGCCAUAUGGCACGGCUUCCUUUCAGCAGGAAUGCUGCAAGCAUGGUUUCCCAUGCACGCCGAGGUGUGGAAUGCUCCGACAUGGUUUCUGUCUGCUUUGACUUUUGCAAUGGCCCUGUUGCCUUUCGCUUUGCCCAUUCUGGCAAAGCAGAGCAAAGCCGAGCUUCGCCGCACCGGAUUGUUCAUCUUCUUAAUCGGCCUGUUGCCGAAGUUGGGCUACUGCUAUGAUCAUCAGGCUUGGGGAUUGCUUGAAGGAGCUAUGGCUCCGAAGGCUCUCCCAAAUCUAGCCAUGUUCAACAUGCAGCGCUUCAACCCGUUCUUCGCUGCCAUCGAGGUCUUGCUUGGAGCGGUUGCCUGCCGCCUUGUCAUGCUAGACGGUGCAGAGGGCGAGGAAAAGGCACCAAAGACCAGCAUCGCAAGCACGGGACUGCCACUGCUGGCGAUGCUCUCUAAAGGAUCAAGCUGGGGACUCGCUUUAAGCACCCGCUCCCUGAUGCACGAGAGCUACAAGCGAUGGGCUCCUCAAGUGGCCUGUGGUUUGGAAGAAGCCUGGCAGCCUCCCAGGGCACCACAGCUAGGCAGACCGACUGACAUCACACCCAGGUCACUGGAGGCUGUCGCACUGGCCGCCGCUGCAGACACCACAGCCCGGAUUCGGGCUGCAAGUACUUGCUCUACCCGAACUCCAAGUGGUGUGGGACGACGCUCCGUCUCCGCUGUGGAAGAUGUCUCGCCUGAGAAGACCAUUCGGUAUGGAACUCCCUUCGUUGCUGCCGUGCCAUUGACGCCUCUGUGGCACGUUCUGCCCUGCAUGAAGCAGGCCAGGAGUGACUCUGCAUCGCCCUCGCGGAGCCAGGGCCUUCGCAAAGAGCACGACGAGGCAGAAACACUGCGCCGGCAUAAAGAGGAUCUGCAGCUCGAGCUGGCAGAUUUGAGAAAGCGGCUCGGUCAGAUGCAAGACCUCUGCAGCGAGCUUCAAGAAGACAAUGCUCACCUGAAAAAGGCAUUGGCUGAACGCGAACAAGGCGAGGCCUCUUUGAGAACUGUCCUUCAAGAGGAAAGGCAAAGAAGCGAGGAGCUUGGCAGGACCAGCCAACAGGUCCGACAGGAAAUGGAGCAGCUCAGAAUCAAGUUCGGCGCUGAGUUCCAUCACGUGGAAGACCUUUGCAAACAACUCGAGAUGGACAAGCAGCAUUUGCAGAAGGCACUGCGACAGCGAGAGCAAGGUGAGAUAUCACUCCGUUCCUCAAUUGAAGAGGAGCAGCAUGCUCGGCGAGAUCUUGUGAAGGAAAGGGAGAGCUUGAAGCUCGAGCUCCGCAAAAUGCAGCAGCUCCAGCAAAAGGCCGUCGAGGCUGCGAGCCUCAUCAGUUCCAGACGGUCAUCUUCAGCGAUUUCAGGCUCUGGGAUGAUCGAAGUGGAUUUGACGGGCGAGCUUUCUGAGCAGGUCGCGGUGAUCGUUUUGCGAGCACUCGGUGUUCUACAACUGAGUGACCUCCUGACCAGAGCAGUGAUAUUUAUACCAUUGUUCCUGUAUUUCCUCAUGAGUGCACACCGGGCCAGCGUCGUACCCAACGUGACAGACGGCAUUGUCAAGGCGUUAUCGAGCAAACCACUGGUGACGCUGGGUAAUCUUGCAUUUCCUAUCUUCGUGGUUCACGGACCACUUGGGCAGGUCUUUUACAAGAAGGUCAUCGCCACCAAACUCUUUGGUGGCACAAUGAUGGCAUUGGUUGGUCCACAGUUCUUCUAUGCUUAUUUGGCCAUCGUUCUUAUGUCUGCCUGGGUUCUGCAAAAGACCUUCCUUUCCAACAAGCAGGUCGGAACACUGUCAAAAGACUGUGUGGACAAGGUCUCCCAGUGGUUCAAAUGA